AUGGACCAUCCAAAGCGAGUAAUUCUACGCUUGCAAGAAGCGGACCUCGACGAAGCAGAUCUCUACGAGCCAGUUCGACUCUACCUCGAAAAGAACGGUCGCUCAAUCGAGGAACUUGAUACCGACCGUCAUUUCGUCCACAUCCAACCCCCGAACCCUGAUAUACCGCAAGUCGACCCAAAGCUACAUGUGGUGAUUGAUCUCGAGGCAGAAAAGUACACUGGCAAGCUCGGCCCUGAUUUUCCCUAUGAGGGAUCCUCCUGGGAGUCGUGUUUUUGUUUCAGCAUUAUUGGUAGCUAUCGAGCGGUAGACUUUCCUCUGAACUCUGAAAAACCCUUUCAGUGGGGAGAACUCAAUGCAUUGGUAUCUCUACUUCUGUCUAGGGAUAUGUGCACAUGA